AUCAUCUGUCGUACCUACAUAGGUAUGAUUUCCGGGUCGGUAUCGCUGAUGUGCGGCGAGAACGAGAGGAGUUUGGUGCGGGCAACGACCGUCUCUCAGUGUCCCCUUGUUGAGGAUCCGCAAAUUGUGUUGGUUAGCUAUGCGAAGCGCUAUAUGGAUAUAGCCCGUCUGAUACGAUUGCGGUUCAUAGCACAGGUGUGUCCCAAGCUGCGCGUGGAAGCCCUCGAGCUGGCCAUCAUUCAUGUCAAGAAGACGUACAAUGUCAAGAUGUACGAGGAGCUGUACCGCACGCUCUGCACUGAGCGGGAGCGCAGCAUGAGCAUGGCCGAAGCCGAAGCCGGAGCCGGAGCCGAAGCCGAUGAAGAGGCCUCGUCCAGUUCGGGCACUGCCUCCGGUCAGGCUGGCAAGGCCAAGAGGGAGGGCGGAGAGGCGCACCAGUACGACGCCUACUGGGUGGAGGACAACACGAUGGAGGCAACGCUGCUGCUGCAGGAGCUCGAUGCUGAGCUGAACUUUAAGAAAUCGAACUCGGGCAGCGCCUAUGUGCGUCGCGUUCUGGAGGAGAUUGGCGACUACCACGUGAAGAGCGGCAAUCUGCAAAUGGCCGUCAAGUUCUACGCCCGGGCCCGGCCCUAUUGCACCAGCAGCGACAAUGUGAUCGAUAUGUUCCGCAAUCUGAUACGAGUCUCCAUUUUCAUGUCCAACUGGUGGCAUGUGCUCAGCUACAUUGACGAGGCCAAGCAGUAUGCACUGGGCUAUCCCAACCUGGCGCGCUCCGUGCCCGCCCAGCUCAGCUGUGCCGCUGGCCUGGCGAACAUGGGCCUCAAGAUCUACAAGACGGCCGCGCACUGCUUCCUGUUGACGCCCUACGAUCAGUACGACUACAAUAUGAUCGUGGCGCCCCAGGAUGUGGCAUUCUAUGCGGGUCUGUGCGGUCUGGCCACGCUGGAGCCGGAGAUGCUACGGCUGGGCUGCCUCACUUCCGAGAAAUUCAAGCCCUUCUUGGCUCUGUCGCCCAUCAUGUGGGACAUAUUGACUAAGUUCUUCAACAACGAGUUCGAUCACUGCGAGCGCCUGCUGCACGAGCUCGAGAGUCGCGUGCGAUUGGACAUCUAUGCGGCGCCGCACGUGGAUGCGCUCUAUAGCAAGAUCCAGGCACGCAUUCAGGACAGAAGACUGACCCACGUUGCACCCUCCACGGAGAGCUCAGCCACAUCGUUGCUAGAGACGAGAGUUACGCAAAAAGAAACGAGCAUCUAUUUCAAAGACGAUUUGUAAGCAACAAGAAAAUUAUAUUUCUGUUAAGGACUUGCGUGAGGGGGAGACGAAGUUGAUGUGCGUUGACUUUAUGGACUAACGAGUUGUACUCUAUGGAAAUUACAUGUUUACUCUUCGGAUUCCGUUUCCAAAUUUCGUUCGAAUUCAGUAUAAUAAAUGGCAGCGCA